AUGGUUCUUCCAAAAGACAUCGCCACCGUCCUAAGUGGAGCGUGGGUGCUGCUCAACAACACUCCCACCGAUCUCAACGGCGUCCCCCUAACCACUGACCUCCCCCUCGGCUCCAAACCCGUCGGCAUCCUCACCUACCACGCGACCGGCCACAUGUCCGCGAACCUAGCCUCCACUGACCCGGAUCAGCGGCCCAUGGACCUCACCUACCCCUCUAAACCCAACCAGUCGGACGCUGAGUGGGCGCUGGUCGGCAAGCACACGCUUGCGUAUGCGGGCGGGUUGUCGGUAAAGGAAGGCUCGACGUGCGAGAACGGGACAUUGUACCAUGGCCCGUUGACGGUGGCGAAUGUGCCGAGUUGGGUGGGGACUAGUCAGGAGAGAAAUUAUACAGUGUUUAGGGCCGAUGAGGGGGCAGUGGUGUUGCAUAUUUAUACGAGGGAUGAGGUUAAUAAAGUGAUGGGGAAUUUGUUUUGGGAGAGGUUGGAUUGAGAGGGUGGAUUGGGUGGGUGUGCAGAGGCACUGGAAUGCGGAUUGGGAAGCUGAAUUGGCUAAGUAUUUUCGGAUGCAGAGCUCAUAGUCGAAGGAU